CCCCAUUCGUCCUACCCUGGAGGUAAGAGGGGGCAGCAGUGAGGGACUCAGGAAUUCUGCAUCAUGAAAAUGAUUGAGAAUGUUGACUCUCUAGUGACUAGGUCAAGCCAGGACCUCUGGGCUGAAAUCUGUUCAUGUCUGCCAGAUCCAGACCAAAAAGACGACUUUAGUGAUACUUUUACAGAUUCCUUCACAGAUUCUUACAUCAGUGGAGAAAGCCAGGAUGAAGAACCAGGUGGUUCUUUCCAAGCAAACCUGAAGCCCUGGGCACCUCUGAAAGAUUCAGAGAUAUAUUUAGCAGCACUAGAGAGAAGACUGAUGAGAAUUAAGGGUUUGUCUCAGGAAGUGACCUCCAAGGAUAUGCUGCAUACUCUCGCCCAAGCAAAGAAGGAAUGCUGGGAUAGGUUCCUGCAGGAAAAGUUUGAGUCUGAAUUUUAUGUGGAGGGACAUGAAUCUGAAGAGAGCACCCUGGAACAUUUAAAGCGGUGGCUGCAGCCUGAUAAAGUGGCAAUCAGUACUGAAGAGGUACAGUACCUGAUUCCCCUAGAGUCCCAUAUAGAGAAGCAAGAAACUGGGGAAGAGUCUCCAGCAGCAGAACAAUGAAAUGCACUCCAACCAUGCGAAGCAGCUGUCCAAGGACUGAUGGAGCUGCAUUCAGUGGCAGUAAUAAAAGGGUAGGGUGAGGAAAUUGCCAAUUUUUGGUCAGCAAGGGAAAGAGCUAUGGACAUCCAGAGGAUAGAAUUGCAUUUGUUAUCGACAGGAGUGAAGUGUCCUGCAACUUUGUGCAUGCUGGACUUAAAUCUUGUUUUUAUCUACGUGGUUUCCCAUCUUGUAGCAAAACAGUCAUUCCAGUUUAAAAAAAAAAAAAAUUUGUAAUUCACUGAGAUGAGUACUGAACAAAAAGGGUGAUAUCCUAGAAUAGCGCAGCUAAUAACUCAGAAGACAGACAUUUCUUCCUCCUUUCUUGUACCCUCACUUUGUGGCUAUAUCUUUCCUGUUGCUAGCUUCACGGGCUUUACUCGUUGAUCUGUUACAACAAUUCUGCUGUAAAGUUAUCUGUAAAACUCCACAAUUUGUGCUUGAGUUGGCGCUAAACUGUAUC